UCGCACAGGCGCAGUGCGGCGUGAGAUCGAGUGCUAAGCGCAGCACUGUGGUUUCGGCUGGCUUGUGUGAUCCGACUCCGGGAGAGCAUUCCUGACAACGUCGUGAGCGGGGACAGAAACAAGCUGUCGACUACUGGUCAGUGAAUGUUUCUUCUAUGAGAUGGGGAUUUCUAAAGGGAUAUAAGUUCGUCGAACGUCGAUAGGAAGGCCAAAUGCUCACUGGCUUACCUGGCAUUCCAUUCAAAGCUACGUGCGGCAACAACGUCACUCGUUUGGACCAGACGGCAUCAGAUGGCCUGCACGUAGAGACGGGGGGCACUGUUUCGCUCGCUCGGAUGCUUUCUAAGGCAGCAGAGCUGUGAUCGAGAGACUUUCCCCGCCUCAUUGACCCCCCCCCUCUGCUCACCUGUGAGUCAACACACACACACGCACGGACCACGCCCGAUUCAGAUCUGCCCAGAGCCUGAGAGAAGAGAGACGGCCUACUGUGUAACUGGGUCUAUGACCAGCAGUGUCCCACCCUCCCAUUGAAAGCGAUGUGUGUGGGAGGUGGAGGCCGCAGCAUCAGCAGAGUGUGUGUGGGGCUCCUCUCCCUCUCCCCUACUCCCCACUCUGGCCUGGGAUGCCAGCUCCCUGCCCCCCUGCCUGCUGUCCUGCCCUGAGCUCUCCUGGGGCGCCAUGAACACCUACAGAGAUCGAGGGGUCACCUGCACCUCCUCAGACCUGUUGGAGAGGGGUGGAGGGGGAGGGCCUGGGUCCCUCCUCACACAACAUGCCACCUUCCACCUCACCCCCAACGGCCACCCUGCCCCCUCCUCUGACCCAGCCACCCAAUCACGUGUCUCCGUUCCCAAGAUGGGCGUCCGCGCCCGUAUUGCUGAGUGGCCGCCGCGCCACGCGCAAUCGAGGGAGUCGCUCCUGGAGAACGGGCAAGGCGGUAAUCACCAUGUAGACGACCCCUUCACGACGACCACAUCUUUCCCCAUCUCGGAGGUCGGGCUGGUGAGGGGAGGAGUGGCUCGUUUACCAAGGCGACGCACGAAGGACGUGGAGUUCCGUGGUGGGUACGGAGGUGAAAGAGGGUCUCCCUCAGGCCUGCGUGCCUUCCCCCCAUUACGGCAGCGGUCCAACAGCGAGGUGACUCUGAGCGAACAGGAUGAGAACGAGGUGGAAGGUCGUGGAGGUGCUAAUCUGUUCCGGGAGUACGGCAGCACCUCCUCCAUCGACGUGCAGGGCAUCCCCGAGCAGAGCUUCUUUGACAUGCUCAGCCAGUUCCACCAGGAGAGGCCCGACCAGCGCAGCACUGCCCCCGGACGCCUGGGGGAGCUACUGUACUCACCUCCCUCGGCACCCCUCCCCACGGGCCACUCCCCCACGCCCACAUCCCGGGGGGAGGAUGGAGGGAUGGGGCGGUCAGAGAACAGGGUGAGGAAGAAGAGCGGGGGGACAGAGUCGUCUCUGGGGACGUCCUCUCUGUUCCGGAAGCUCCGCAGCUCCAGCAGAGGGGAGCUGGACAGAGGGGAGGUGUGGGAGGACUGGGGAGGCCGUAACUCUACAGAUACACCCUACAAACCCUGGGUGUGCCCCAAGAGCUUUGUCCACUACGACGCCCAGAGCAUCCUGUUUGACCUCAAUGAGGCGGCUGCUCAGCGCGCCUACGUAGCCAAGCGGAGGAACACUGCCACCGGUGCAUCGGCGGCCUCAGUCUCCCUGGCUGUGUCACGGUCCUCAACUCUGAGUGGGUUGGACGCUACCUACUCCAGCGUUGAGGACCUGACGCUAGACCUCGACCCCAGCGCGCCCACACCCUCCCUGGGCAUGGACCCUCUGGACGCCCCCCCCGGUGGCCCCAACUCCAGUCCGCUCCUCCUCAGUUGCCCCCACUUCCAUAACGAGACUGGGGGCCACGGGGAGCGCAACGUCAGCUUCCUGAGCUCCUCGGCCGAGCGGGGAGGGGAGGGGGGCGCUGGUGACCUGGCGAGGGGCAGCCUUCGGCGUAGCAACGCCAGUGUGUCGGUGGUGGAGGUACCCAUAGAGCAGCAAGUCACCAGAAUGGACAGGCUGAAACGCUGUAGCAUCGAGCACGUGGACCUGGGGGCAUGCUACUACCGAGACUACUUCCACGGGAAAGAGCACUCAAACUACUUUGGCACGGACGACAAGCUGGGUCCGGUGGCUGUGAGUAUCCGCAGGGAGAAACUGGAUGACACUAAAGACCUGAAGGACCAGUACCAGUACCGCGUCAUCGCCAGAACCAGUGAGCUGGUGACGCUGCGGGGGUCCAUCCUGGAGGAUGCUGUGACCUCCACGGGCAGGCACGGCACGGUGCGGGGUCUCCCACUGAAGGAGGUGCUGGAGCAGGUGGUCCCGGAGCUCAGUGUGUCCUGCCUGCGCCUGGCUCUCAGCACGCCCAAGGUCACCGAGCAGCUCCUAAAACUGGACGAACAGGGGCUGAGUCAGAAGCACAAGGUGGGAGUGCUGCUGUGUCGGGCAGGCCAGAGCACCGAAGAGGAGAUGUAUAACAACGAAGAGGCCACGCCCGCCUUCUCUGCCUUCAUGGACCUGCUAGGGGAGCAGGUGUGUCUCCGAGGCUUCACCAACUACGCCGCCCAGCUGGACACCAAGACUGACUCGACGGGCACCCACUCCCUGUACACCACCUACCAGGGCUAUGAGGUCAUGUUCCACGUGUCCACCAUGCUGCCCUACAUGCCCAACAACCCCCAGCAGCUCCUGAGGAAGAGGCACAUAGGGAACGACAUCGUCACACUAAUCUUCCAGGAGCCGGGAGCGCUGCCCUUCACCCCUCAGAACGUCCGCUCCCACUUCCAGCACGUGUUCGUCAUCGUCCGCGUGCACAACCCCUGCUCCGACGACACCUGCUACAGUGUGGCUGUGACGCGUAUGAAUGACGUACCUUCCUUCGGCCCGCCCAUCCCCAGCGGGGUGACGUUCCGCGGCCCUGAAGCCUUCCGCAACUUCCUUUUGGCCAAGGUCAUCAAUGCCGAGAGUGCCGCGCACAAGUCUGAGAAGUUCCACACCAUGGCCACGCGCACGCGACAGGAGUACCUCAGAGACUUAGCCGAGAACUGUGUGAGCAGUACGCCGCUCGACUCCGCGGGCAAACUCAACAACCUCAUCUCGCUGGCGUCGAAGAAGAGAGAGCGGGCGAGGGCGAGAGAGGGGGCCGAGUUGGGAGCGGCCGGGGCGGUGGCGUGGAGGGUGCUGGCCCAGGACUUCAGUGGCGGCGGGUCGGAGAUCUCCUGCGCUCUGGGCGUGUCGGCAGAGUACAUCCUCCUGGCAGACUGCAACACCAAGGAAGUGGUGUUCAACUGCUUCUGCGCCGACGUGAUCGGCUGGACGCCGGAGAGGCUGGCGCUGAAGAUCUUCUACGGGAGAGGAGACCACAUCGCCGUCAGAGUCCCCGAGGGCUUUGCUCAGGACAUCAGGGAGGUGGUGCAGAGGUUAAAGGCGCUGACGGUGGGCUGUGAGACGGCGGAUAUGACUCUGAGGAGGAACGGCCUGGGACAGCUGGGGUUCCACGUCAGUCUGGACGGCACCGUGGCUGAGGUGGAGGAGUACGGCUUCGCCUGGCAGGCAGGGCUGAGGCAGGGCAGCCGGCUGGUGGAGAUCUGCAAGGUUGCCGCGGUAACCCUGACACACGAGCAGAUGAUCGACCUACUGAGGACGUCUGUCACCGUUAAAGUGGUGAUCAUACCGCCCUACGAGGAGGGAGGGCCCCGCAGGGGCUGUACAGAGGAGUAUGAGAUGAAGACCAUGGAGCAGAAGCCAGAGUCUGAGCCCGUGGCAGCAGGCUACCGGCCCUCCCCUCGCACCCCUGUCUUGCGCUGGGACAGCCCCGCCGGCCUGCACAGCGCCCCCACCCCUCAGCGUUGGACCCCUAUGGGCCCCCCACCACCCCAACCCCGCUCACACAAAGCCAUGGUCAUGCCCAUCCCAUACAGGGAGGCCCAGCAUCUCUCCAACAAGAGGCCGGUGAGCUUUCCUGAGAACCACUACAGCCUGUCCCCAGCGGGGGGCGACAGAGUGCUGCCCUACAGGAACCCCUCAGCCAGCUUCUCCUCCCCCUCUGGCUUGGGGGGCAUGGCGGCCCUGGGGGGACCCAUACUCAGCGGACCCUUCGUACGCUACAAACCCUCACCUGACAGGUACGGUUCAGCCCAGCGUCCCCUGUUGGCCUACGAACCUCAUCUCAGUCUGGACAUCACCUCUAGUGGAGAGUCCUCCUCGGGCUUCACAAGCCAGGAAAGCACUAUGGAGCGCUGCAAGACAGAGCCCCUAUGGCAUGUCCCAGCUUCAUCAUCUCGGGGGCCAGGAAGAGGGGGGCAGAGGAAACCCACCCGACAGGAUGUCCCAGGGAAAGACUCCCCCAACAGACACUCAAAGGGUGAGACCCAGUACUCCAGCCACUCCAGCAGUAACACUCUCUCCAGUAACGCGUCCAGCAGCCACAGUGACGAGCGCUGGUUCGACGGGGCCGGGGGGGAGAGAGGAGGCCCGGGGGGGUCCCGGGGUUACCUAGGCGACCUGGCCGAACCUGACCCCGACCCCCUCAGUAAGGGCGGGUCCAGUGACAGCGGCAUCGACGCCCCCACCCUCUACAACACCAAGCCUGGCGCACGCCACGGAAACCAGUCCAGCCAAUCACAGAAGCCCCUGCACUGUUCAGCAACCUAUAAUAGCGGGCUGCAGGAGCUCUCUGAGGCGAGGGGCAACAUCGUCGAGGGGCGGAGACUGCAGUCAUCGCCUGUAUUACCUGCCAAUCAGAACAAAGGAUACCGCACACGCACCUUCCCUCCUGGAUCCAACGUGGAGAAGCCAGACUCAUUAAAACCCAGGGCCUGCUACACACCCCAGGGUUACAAGACCCCUGCAGCAGAGAAAUCGCGACCGGUCCGAGCCGCCACGGUCACGCCCAACUCUGCUCUACUCAGCUCCACCCCUCUCUCUAGCUCCGCCCCCAAGGCCUUAUGCAGCAAGAACAGGCUGGGCCCCUGGCAACCAGAUGACAACGCCCCCUCCCCUUCAAACAUACCCACUACCUACUGCUCUGACAGCAACAGCAGCAAGAAGCAGGUGGACGUGAAUUCUAAGAACGUGUUCGGACAGCCCCGUCUCAGAGCGUCGCUAAGGGACCUGCGGUCUCCACGGAGAUCCCACAAGAGCACCGUCGAGGACGACCUGAAGAAACUCAUCAUCAUGGACAGCCCUGGCGAGAUACCACAAAGAGACAUGUCUCCUCGGCGCACUCUUCAGCGCACGUUCUCAGACGAGUCUCUGUGCAGCGGGCGCAGGGAUGCCAGCUAUGCCAGCACUGCCCCCCUGUUUGACCAGGGCACUCCCAGCGACCUGCUGUUCACCUCCACCCUGCCCACCCGGCGCCAUGCACACUCUGCCAGCCACAUGCCCAACAAGAAGGUCCCUAUGUCUGCGUCGGAGCUGUCAUUGAAAGAGGUGAGGGAUAAGGUUCCCCCCCUGAGGAGGCUGGACCCAGGGCUCAUACCCCUGCCUGACACUGCCUGUGGCCUGGAGUGGGCCAGCCUGGUCAACGCUGCCAAGGCCUACGAGGGUGAGUUGCAAAGGGCAGUGUCUCUAUUCUCGCUCACCGAGCCUCAAGUUGGGGUUCCAGACAUGCGGCCGAUCAUCAGUCCAGUCCAGUUCCAAACACCUCAGACUCCACGCACUACCCCCACCUUCAGCGGGGAUGAGGUACCCAACGACCUCUCGGGACGGCUGUACAGCCUAGAGGUGAUGCUGAAGCGGCUCAACACUGACCUGGAGAAGGAGAAGAAGGACAAAGUGCACCUGUUGGCUGAGAUGGCUAACCUGCGGCAGAAUAACCAGCGGCUCCAGGAAGAGAGCCACUCGGCCAGUGAGCAGCUCCGCAAGUUCAGCCUGCUCUUCACCGACCCCCCGCAGAGGAAGUGAGCUCACACGAACACAGGAAGUGACCUCGGAGCGAGAGUGCGAGAGCAUCCGCAGAGAGAACUUGUGACCUAAGCCAGAGAAUGAUGGAGAGGAGGGAAGAGGUUAGGGUAAAGGUGAUUUUAGUGGAACGACAGUCAUAGUGAGUUUCAUGCUGUUGGGAUUGAGUGGGGAAUGGAUUUGUUAGUGGGUCUGGUUAGGCUCUGUGGAAUACAUGGGCAAUAGAAAAUAAAGUUAGUGUGUGAAAUGAUGUACAAGAAAAUAAGAGAGGGAAAGAACGCCCCCCCCCUACAUUCUCACGUUCUUUCCCUCGCCUGCUGCUUCUGUCACAUUCCAACCACACCAUCUCCCUCCUGCCUCUCCACUACCUCUCCACCACUGACCUGCUCUGGGGAGAGAGACCUGUCGUUAUGCCGCCACCCUCUCUGUGGCGCACAACCAGAAACCAUGCCUCGCUCUGGGUUGGAUGGACACAGGGACUGCAGAGAACCAAUGGAUCCCCGUUGGCUCAUCUGAAACCGAAUUGCCUAGACAGAAGAGCCUGCAAGUAGACACGCCUAUUUUUUUUUUUUUUACUCUAAAAGAGUCCCAACACAGCACAAGCUGACUCUCCCUCAGCCUGUGCACCCAGAGUGAAUCCCUCUGUCCCUGCUUGUAGGUUUUUAUUUUUGUACACUCCUGCGUCAGAGAAAAGCCAGUAAAGAGGAGAGAUGUUAUGAACCUUAGAACACUAGAUCACCCAGAGAGGCCUAAUACUGUUCCUGAAGCGAAUCAGCCAAAAACAAACACGAGCUCUGGCUCAAAAAAAAGAGAGAGAGACUACAACUCCCAGAAUGCUCUGGGAUACGUGUGUUUAUAAAAGAUGUGGUACUGUAGUUUUGCCCGUGUGGUUCAACAUAUAGCUUGAACACAUGCAUAUUGUACUGAUACGCUUUGUUGAGUGUGAUAGGUUGGCACGGGGCAUUUCAGUCAUGAGCACGCUGUGUUAUGACCGCUACGCUAGUGAGAUGAGACAUCUUGUACUUUCAGAGACAGAAUAUAGUGUCAUAAACUCAAUGAUAGUAUCUCAUCUCAGUUUUUUUGGUUUAGCGGUCAAUGUUAAAGGUAUUUACAAAUAUCUAAGCAUUUAAAAAAAAAAAUAACAUAUGUAGAAUUAUCAUAUUUUGUGGUUUCUGUUUUUUUUACCAACUGCUAGUACACACAUCUGUGUGCAUUUAGAAAAUACAUAGAAAUUAUCACUUAAACACUGUAGCACCUGUGUCAUGGUGCAAUAGCUGUGUGUGUGUGCUAACAGUCCUCGUGUCUGCAGAGUCAAACUGAACAAUUUCUACACAACUGUGAGACCUAGCUAAAUAACUUCAGUAACUUAUCCUGUGGUGAUGGGUCUGUGAAACGUGUGGCCAUUUCGAAAACAAACAAAUACGACAGGAAUACACUAAACUAAAUCAACACUCACGCUUGGUUAUAUUCUGUAUAGAAACUAUUUUUCUUACCGAUGUGUGUCCAUUGUUUGUGAUGAAUGUGGGAUAAAUGGAGGGCAGCAUGGAGCUGGCAAAACCAACGGUGUGGGUUCCAAUUCUCGUUUGGACCACAUCCAUUUACUAAAAUUAUGAAAAUAUCUGCUGAAGGACCAUAUGACUAUUUUGGUUCCAUUAAAUGUAACCCCGAGCACAGUUAAGUCGUCGUAGACCCCCUUUUCAGGAACCCCCCUGCCCUGCCUCAACUGGAAUCCUGUCUUCCCUUCACUACUCUCAGGACCCUUCACAGACAUCCCCUUUUACAGACUGUACUAUUUAUUUGUAUUUAUUGUUUUGUGUGUGUGGACAUGUACCUAUAUGGUGUAAACCCUUUGUGGCUGGAUCGGUGGACAUUCACAUGCAUAUGGCAGAAAACAUACAAAACAAACUACACAACCCUGCCCUCACUCUUUCAGAAACGUUUGUACAUUUACGAGAGACAUUACGUUGAGAUAAGAGCAACAUGUACAGUACAUUCGGAAAGUAUUCAAACCUCUUUACUUUUUCCAGAUUUUGUUAUGUUCCAGCCUGGCUCUAAAAUGUAUUUAAUUAUUUUUUCCCACUCAUCAAUCUACACACAAUACCCCAUAAUGACAGAGCGAAAACAGGUUUUUAGAAAUUGUUGUAAAUUUAUUUACUUAAGUAUUCAGACCCUUUUCUUUGAGACUUAAUUGAUUUCGUGUGCAUCCUGUUUCCAUUGAUCAUCCUUGAGAUGUUUCUACAACUUGAUUGGAGUCCACCUGUGGUAAAUUCAAUUGGUUGGACAUGAUUUGGAAAGGCACACACCUGUCUAUAUAAGGUCCCACAGUUGACAGUGCAUGUUAGAGCAAAAACCGAGCAGAGGUUGAAUAAAUUGUCCGUAGAGCUCCGAGACAGGGUUAUGUUGAGGCAGAGAUCUGGGGACAGGUACCAAAAAAUGUCUGCAGUAUUGAAGGUCCCCAAGAACACAGUGGCCUCCAUUCUUAAAUGGAAGAAGUUUGGAACCACCAAGACUUCCUAGAGCUGGCCGCAAAGCCAAACUGAGCAAUCGGGGGAGAAGGGCCUUGCUCAGGGAGGUGACCAAGAACCCGAUGGUCAUUCUGACAUGGCUCCAGAGUUCCUGUGUGGAGAUGGGAGAAUCUUCCAGAAGGACAACCAUCUCUGCAGCACUCCACCAAUCAGGCCUUUAUGGUAGAGUGGCCAGACGGAAGCCACUCUUCAGUAAAAGGCACAUGACAGCCUGGCACCAUCCCUACGGUGAAGCAUGGUGGUGGCAGCAUCAUGCUGUGGAUAUGUUUUUCAACAGCAGGGAGACUCGUCAGGAUAGAGAGAGAGAUGAACGGAGCAAAGAACAGCGAGAUCUUUAAAAGCCAUCCCCAGAGCCAGGACUUUGAACCCCGCUCAAACAUCUCGAGUGACCUGACAAUAGCUGUGCAGCGACGCUCCCCAUCCAACCUGACAGAGUUUGAGACGAUCUGCAGAGAAGAAUGGGAGUAACUCCUCAAAUACAGGUGUGCCAAGCUUGUAGCGUCAUUCCCAAGAAGACUUGAGGUAAUAAUCGCUGCCAAAGGUGCUUCAACAAAGUACUGAGUAAAGGGUCUGAAUACUUAUGCAAAUUGGUAUUUUUUAUAAAUGUGAAAAAUGUGGGGGUAUUGUGUGUAGAGUCAUGAGGAGAUAAAACAAUUGACUCCAUCUUAGAAUAAGGCUGUAACGUAACAAAGUGGAAAAAGUCAAGGGGUCUGAAUACUUUCCGAAUGCACUGUACAGACAUCUGUCUCCAUUUCUCUGUGUACUGUAAGCUGCCUCAUCCUCCUCCAGCCAGUAAUAUCAUCUUGGACAUACCAAGAGCAACUCAAACAUAACCCUACACACUCAUGUUAUCACUGAAGCUCAGCAAAUGUGCUGUGAUGUUGAUAUCUGCAAUGUCUUAAUCUUUAUUUUGUUUAUUUGUGUGUGGAGGGGUAUCGGUGUUUUUAAGGAUUUAGUUUGGCUGUAUUUGAUUUCAAGAAAACUGUAGUUAAAUACAGUACCAGUCAAAAGUUUGGACAGACCUACUAAUUCAAGUGUUUUUAUUUUUGCUAUUUUCUACAUGUAGCAACCAAAAGAAGUGUUAGCCAUAUCAAAUGUAUUUUAUAUGUGAGAUUCUUCAAAGUGGCCACCCUUUGCCUUGAUGACAGCUUUGUAUCCAUCAACCAGCUUCAUGAGGUGGAAUGAUUUUCCUUCACUCUGCAGUCCAACUCAUCCCAAACCAUCUCAAUUGGGUUGAGGUUGGGUUAUUGUGGAGGCCAGGUCAUCUGAUGCAGCACUCCAUCACUCUCCUUCUUGGUCAAAUAGCCAUUACACAGCCUGGAGGUGUGCUGGGUAAUUGUCCUGUUGAAAAACAAAUGAUAGUCCCACUAAGUGUAAACCAGAUGGCAUGGCGUAUCGCUACAGAAUGCAGUUUUGGAUUUAUCAGCCCAAAGGACAGAUUUCUCGUGUUUUAUGGCCCAAGCAAGUCUCUUAUUAUUUGUGUCCUUUAGUAGUGGUUUCUUUGCAGCAAUUUGACCAUGAAGGCCUGAUUCACGCGGUCUCCUCGAACCGUUGAUGUUGAGAUGUGUUUGUUACUUGAAAUCUGUGAGGUACAAUCUCAGGUGCAGUUAAUUGACGAUUUAUGAGGUGCAGUUAACUCUAAUGAACUUAUCUGUGGCGGUCCUCAUGAGAGCCAGUUUCAUCAUAGCGCUUGAUGGUUCUUGAGACUCCACUUGAAGAAACUUUAGAAGUUCUUGAAAUGUUCUGAAUUGACUGACCUUCAUGUCUUAAAGUAAUGAUGGACUGUUGUUUCUCUUUGCUUAUUUGAGCUGUUAGUCUUUUACCAGAUAGGGCCAUCUUCUGUAUACCCCCCUUACCUUGCCACAACACAACUGAUUGUCUGAAAUGCAUUAAGAAGGAAAUAAAUUCCACAUUCACUUUUAACAAGGCACACCUGUUAAUUGAAAUGCAUUCCAGGAGAUUAUUUCAUUGUUUUGUUGUCUCCACUAUUAUUCUACAAUGUAGAAAAUAGUCAAAAAUAAAGAAAACCCUUGAAUGAGUAGGUGUAUCCAAACUUGUACUGUACAUGUUGAACAUAGCUCGGUGCAUCAAUGUUGCAUGUGCACAAAUCACAAAUGGUAACAUCGAAACUUGGUAAAUGGAUCAAUUGUAUGAUUUUUUUUUUUGAUGUUUAAUAUUUGUCUUAAUUUAUUUUUGGAACAUAUUGGCCACUUUUGCGACAUAAAAUACAAAAUAGUGGAAUUAAGAGGGUACUUUGUUUUUAUUUCUGUAUAUGCCGUUUGAUUUGAAAUCUUUGUAUAGAGCUGAUUUGUAUGAUUUACAUAGUUUUUCUUACUUUGUUGGUGCAUUCUGCAUAUGAGGCAGGAGUGCUUUAUGCAUUGACGAAAACUUACGGUUGAACAUUGUUUUUUCUUGGGGAUGUUGUAUCAAUGACUGUACAUUUUAAAAGUGUAAAUUGUUUUCAUUAUUUUAUAAGAAGAUAUAUUAAAAAUCUUUCAUAAUGAUAGAA